AUGCCUCAGUUUCGUACCCCGCGAUCCCGGCCUGACCACUGCUCCAGCUCCGGCUUUAGCUUCGAGAAGCUCGUGAACCUGCUGCAGAUCAUUGGCGGAACACCGACACUCGAGGAUGGCUCUCAGAAAGCUUCCCGUGUCAUGGUGUCUGGUCGUCACACUUUCAUUCGACUCAAGAGUCAUCUGCCUUGGACGUUCAGCCCACCUGCUACCCAAGGGCACAGACCGGAUGAACCCGGUCACCCAUUUCAACCGACGGCCACUUCGCUUCGUACUUUGCUUCGCCGGCAACCCUUCCCUUAUCCGCGACGCUUGCACAACUGCCAAGAAACUUGCCCUGGCCUGCUGGUCUUCCGCACGUCGUUCAAUUCGAUGGUCUUCGCUUGUGCCCGUUGUCGCCGCAAUUGUUGGUUGGCAACGAUAUUCCAUCGAAUGUUCUCUCGCUUAGCCAGCCAUUACGCAACGAACGCGCAACGAAUUGGGUGCACUGUGCAACUAAAUACAUGUCUGCUGCAGCUGCAAGCUAGGUAUCGUUAA